GAAUAAUCAUAGAAAUUAAACAACAGUCAACACAGUAAAGUCUUCGAAAUUUCAUCUGCAACUCUCUAAUCAGUUCUCACUUAACUCCUUCUCUUUCAUCCUUCAACUAACUCUUUGGAAAGUGUCUGAAGCAGCAGUUCACUUUAGAAUUGUGAGCAAAAUCGAAGAAUUUGUUCAUAGCAGAUGGAUUCGAAUUCUCCAGAGGCUGUGCAAGUUAAUUCAGGUUCACAAAUGGAUGUAGAUUCACAAGAACAAGAAGAAGACAUGCAAGUGGAUUCAGAAGAAGCCGCGCAACAAGCCAAUUCAGAAUCGCAAGAAGCGAAAACAGAUAUUGCUCUGAUCAUGCCAAAACUCACUGCUUAUAUAAACGUGAUAAGGACUAAUAAUUCCACGGUGAUUGAUGCGAUUCACAACUACUUGGGACAAUACCUUCGAUCCGAAGAAAUCGAUGACUUGGACUUCAAGGAACAUAUCUCAAUCGAUGCCUCCAACUCGGUGAUCAACGCAAUUCAUCCAGAUAUGAUUGAUAACCUCCACGAAGCAGUUAUGAUGAUGCUCGAAGCAGGCUUCGACAGAGAAUGUUGCAACGAGUACAGCAAAUUUCGCACGAAGUGCUUAGGAAGCUACCUGUCAUAUAUGAAGACUCUGCAGCCACAGCUUGGAUUUGAGGAAAAUGCUAAGAAGGGGACAAAGUUUUUUAAUCAUGAGAUUAGGGAAUGGACUAAAGUUUCAAAUGUAAUUGUGAGGGUCUUGCUUCCAAGUGAAAGAACACUCUGCCAGCGCGCUUUCUUGCGUUACACGGAAGCUAAGAAUCUUGCUUUAAUGGAGGUUUGUAGGCCGUUGCUGAUUAGCAUACUAGAUUCCGCGGUUAAACAUGCAGUUGAACUUGCUCGCUCCAAUAAAAUUGAAUAUUUUUCCAGGAUCUCAAGAGUGUUCAAAGCAUUUCAUGACUUGAUGCCGGAGAUUGAGUCGCUGUUUCCCGGCCCUGAGCCACUUGGCGAUUUGAUAAGAAAUGAAGUCAUCAACACUAGAAAGAGGUUGGGGAAAGCAACUAUGGACAUUCUUAAGAGGCUAGAGGAUUGGAUUUACAAGGAGAAUGAGAUGGCGAGUUUUUAUGGAGGGCUUUAUCCGAUAAUCUCUUGGGAUGUGAUGAACUGCUUGGGGGAAAUCUGUGAAGCUUGGACUGUCAUCGGCCUUGAGAAAGUUCUAGAAGAGAUUCCAAUGGUUUCUGAUGGAGAAGGAACUGCUCCUUGUUCUUCAUUCUCUAUUCAGUUUAAUAGGAUAAUAGAGAUGUUAAAUAGCCAUGUGGAAAUCGAAUCUAAGAAAUAUACUGACCCUGCUGAGGGCUAUAUUUUCAUGAUGAAUAGUCAGAGGUAUAUACAACAGAAGAUAAUUGAUUGUCAAUCGAAAAUGAGCACUAUUUUGCUGAUGGCGAAUGGCGCGAUCGAUGAGAAUAAUGCCAAGGCGAGACAGAAUCUCGAAGAUUAUCGCCAAAGCUCGUGGGAUGAGGUUCUUGGGCUUUUGAAGCAGGGCGACGGAGACGAGCGAAAUGAGGUGGAAUAUAUGAAAGAGAAUCUCAAAUUGUUCAAUGUUCAGUUUAAGGAAAUAUGCAGGGUUCAGUCUACAUGGUUUGUUCUUGAUGAAGAGCUAAGAAAGGAAAUAAGAGAGACCAUAGAGGAAAUUUUGUUGCCAAGUUAUGGAACCUUCAUUGGUAAGUUUCAGAAAGUUCUUGGUUCUGAUGCUGAUAGGUACAUUGAGUAUUCAAUGUAUGACAUUGAUGCUCUACUCAAUGAUUUGUUUCGCGGAGGCAGUUGAGUUGUGUAUCAUGUUAGAAGCUUCUGCAUUGUGGAAAAUGGUUACAAUCUUAUAGCAAAAGAAUAGAGUUGAAGAGGUUGUGUAACUAGUAUAAUUAGGGUUAAUGAAAAUUGGUUAGGGCCAAAUAAGGCUUUCUUCUUUGUUUGGCACUCUGUUUGUUAAACCCUGUUGAUCCAAUUUAGUUGAAGAGGUAUAUAUAUGAUAU